CGUUGUACAGGGGGCGGGAUUUCUGUGCAGAUUGGUGAAGGGAAUCUGCCUUUGCAGAACGAGUGAGGUAGGGACUCGGGAGAAGAACGAGAGUGAGGGGGUUUCAGGGCACCAUUCGAGAGUGGAGUCUCUGAGGGCUGUGUUCUCAGGACAGCGACGCGCUGCUGGACAGACGUGAGCAAGUAGGCAUGCGGCGCUCCAAGGGAAAUGGCUUCUGAAGUGCCCACAUCUUGGCGCCUGCUCCACGGCCUCCUCCUCCUCCCCUUCCUCCUCUGAACGGGGACCUUGCAGACGUUUAUGGGAUCUACUAAAUUCCCCUCACUGAGGAUUUAAAACUCCCCACCCUUUUUCCCACCCCUUCAGCCCCAUCCUCCCCCCUCUCCGGACCCAUCCCUUGCCUCCUUACCUGGUGCUUUUGCCCUGUUCCAAACGGGAGAGGAAGAAGGCGACGAGGGCGCAACAACGUUUUCCACCAACCACACGUGCUUUGAGGCGGGACGGCCGGUCAGCUGUAGAGAGAACUGAUGGCGAACAACUCGUACACCGGGUUGAAGCAUGGGGCCCGCGGGCACGCCAACCACGAUGGUGGGGACUUUGGCUGCUCGCUCAAAGAGCUUCGAACGCUCAUGGAACUGCGGGGGACAGAAGGACUUACCAAAAUCCAGGAAACCUACGGAGACGUUGGCACACUCUGCUCAAGACUGAAAACAUCGCCCAUAGAUGGUUUAAGUGGGCAGCCUGCAGACAUCGAAAAAAGACAUGCAGAGUUUGGACAGAACUAUAUACCUCCAAAGAAAGCAAAAACAUUUCUUCAGUUAGUUUGGGAAGCAUUACAAGAUGUGACGUUGAUCAUCUUAGAAGUGGCAGCCAUAGUUUCAUUAGGCCUUUCUUUUUACCGUCCCCCAGAGGCUGAAAAUGUAGACUGUGGGAGGGCAGCGGGCGGCGUGGAGGACGAGGGCGAGGCGGAGGCGGGCUGGAUCGAGGGCGCUGCCAUCCUGCUGUCGGUGGUCUGCGUCGUGCUGGUGACGGCCUUCAAUGACUGGAGCAAAGAGAAGCAGUUCCGGGGUCUCCAGAGCCGCAUCGAACAAGAGCAGAAGUUCACCGUGGUGCGGGGCGGGCAGGUCAUCCAGAUCCCGGUGGCCGACAUAGUGGUCGGGGAUAUAGCACAAAUCAAAUAUGGUGACCUCCUCCCCGCUGACGGUGUCCUCAUCCAAGGGAACGACCUGAAGAUUGACGAGAGCUCGCUGACUGGCGAGUCCGACCAUGUGAAGAAGACGCAAGACAAAGACCCCAUGCUGCUGUCAGGAACCCACGUCAUGGAGGGCUCUGGGAAAAUGGUGGUCACUGCCGUGGGAGUCAACUCCCAAACUGGAAUAAUCUUCACUCUGCUGGGCGCCAACGAGGAUGACGACGAAGACGAGGAAGAUCGCAAGAAGAAGGAGGAGAAGGAGAAGAAGAAGGACAAGAAAAACAAAAAGCAGGAUGGCUCGGUUGAGAACCGAAAGAAAGCCAAAGCCCAGGAUGGUGCCGCCGUGGAAAUGCAGCCGCUCAACACCGACGAAGGAGCCGAUGCAGAGAAGAAAAAAGCCAAUUUGCCAAAGAAGGAGAAGUCCGUUCUCCAGGGGAAGCUGACGAAGCUAGCUGUCCAGAUCGGCAAAGCUGGCCUGUUCAUGUCAGCCAUCACUGUCAUCAUCCUGGUACUCCUCUUCGCCAUCGAUACCUUCGUGGUGCAAGAUAUACCCUGGACCAAGGAGUGCACGCCCAUCUACAUCCAGUUCUUUGUCAAGUUCUUCAUCAUUGGCGUGACUGUGUUGGUGGUGGCUGUACCCGAAGGCCUUCCCCUGGCCGUGACCAUCUCCCUGGCUUACUCUGUUAAAAAAAUGAUGAAGGACAACAACCUGGUGCGGCACUUGGACGCCUGCGAGACCAUGGGCAAUGCCACUGCCAUCUGCUCGGACAAGACGGGCACGCUGACCAUGAACCGGAUGACUGUGGUACAGUGCUUCAUAGCUGACAAACAUCACCGCAGGAUCCCGGAGCAGGACCAGGUCCCACGAGCCUCCCUGGACCUGCUGGUCGUGGGCAUCAGUGUCAACUCUGCCUAUACCACCAACAUCAUGUCGCCGGAGAAGGAAGGUGGGCUUCCGCGUCAGGUGGGCAACAAAACGGAAUGUGCCUUGCUGGGCUUCGUGCUGGACCUGAAAAAGGACUACCAAGCAAUACGCAACGAGAUCCCAGAGGAGAAACUCUACAAAGUCUACACCUUCAACUCUGUCAGAAAAUCCAUGAGCACCGUGCUGAAGAAUGCUGACGGCAGCUUCAGGAUGUUCAGCAAAGGCGCCUCCGAGAUUCUCCUCAAGAAGUGCUACAAGAUCCUGACGGCUUCGGGUGAAGAGCGCAUCUUCCGGCCCAGGGACCGCGACAACAUGGUGAAGAACGUGAUCGAGCCAAUGGCCUCGGAGGGCCUGCGCACCAUCUGCCUGGCCUACCGAGACUUCCCUGUCUCAGAUGGCGAGCCUGACUGGGACAACGAGAACGAUAUCCUCACCAGCCUCACCUGUAUCUGCGUGGUGGGCAUCGAGGACCCCGUCAGACCAGAGGUCCCUGAUGCCAUAAAAAGGUGCCAGCGUGCUGGAAUCACUGUGCGCAUGGUCACAGGGGACAACAUCAACACAGCCCGUGCCAUAGCAACCAAGUGUGGCAUCCUGCUGCCUGGCGACGACUUCCUCUGCCUGGAGGGUAAAGAGUUCAACCGCCGCAUCCGCAACGAGAAGGGAGAGAUCGAGCAAGAGCGCAUCGAUAAGAUUUGGCCCAAGCUGCGAGUACUGGCCCGCUCCUCCCCUACAGACAAGCACACUUUGGUGAAGGGUAUUAUCGACAGCACAGUCACGGAGCAGAGGCAAGUGGUGGCUGUGACGGGAGAUGGUACCAAUGACGGUCCUGCCUUGAAGAAAGCUGACGUGGGAUUUGCCAUGGGCAUUGCUGGUACGGAUGUAGCCAAGGAGGCCUCGGACAUCAUCCUGACAGAUGACAAUUUCAGCAGCAUCGUGAAGGCGGUGAUGUGGGGGCGCAACGUCUACGACAGCAUCUCCAAGUUCCUGCAGUUCCAGCUCACCGUCAACGUGGUGGCUGUCAUUGUGGCCUUUACCGGAGCCUGCAUCACACAGGACUCCCCUCUGAAAGCGGUACAGAUGCUCUGGGUGAACUUGAUCAUGGACACCUUUGCCUCCCUGGCGCUGGCCACCGAGCCCCCCACCUACUCCCUCCUGCUCAGGAAGCCUUACGGCCGCAACAAGCCCCUCAUCUCGAAGACCAUGAUGAAGAACAUCUUAGGCCACGCUGUCUACCAGCUCGUCAUCAUCUUCUCGCUGCUCUUUGUCGGAGAGAAGAUCUUUGACAUUGACAGUGGCAGGAAUGCGCCCCUCCACUCGCCGCCCUCUGAGCACUACACCAUCGUCUUCAACACCUUCGUCAUGAUGCAGCUCUUCAAUGAGAUCAACGCCCGCAAGAUCCACGGCGAGCGCAACGUCUUCGAGGGCAUCUUCAACAACAUGAUCUUCUGCAGCAUUGUCUUUGGGACCUUCGGCAUCCAAAUUGUCAUCGUGCAGUUUGGAGGGAAGCCCUUCAGCUGCGUGGGCCUCAACAUUGAGCAGUGGCUGUGGUGCAUCUUCCUAGGCAUGGGCUGUCUCCUAUGGGGCCAGGUCAUCUCCUCGGUCCCCACCAAGUGGCUGAAGUUCCUGAAGCCGGCGGGCCACGGCACGCAGAAGGAGGAGAUUCCCGAAGAGGAGCUGGAUGAGAUGGAGGAGAUGGAGGAGAUCGACCACGCCGAGCGCGAGCUGCGCCGCGGACAGAUCCUCUGGUUCCGUGGCCUCAACCGCAUCCAGACCCAGAUGGAUGUAGUCAAUGCGUUCCAGAGUGGCACUUCCUUUCAGGGGUCCCUCAGGCGCCCGCCUUCCAGCACCAGCAGCCAGCAGCAGCACGAUGUAACCAAUGUUUCUAGCCCUUCACAUAUCCGAGUGGUGAAUGCAUUCCGCAGCAGCCUGUGUCCGUAUGACGGGCUGGAGAAGCCAGAGUCGCGCACGUCCAUCCACAACUUCAUGACCCAUCCCGAGUUCCGCAUCGAGGACUCGGAGCCGCACAUCCCCCUCAUUGACGACACGGACGCAGAGGACGACGCGCCCACCAAGCGCCACAACAACAACGCCACCAGCGGCACCACGGCCUCACCUAGUCCGACGCCCACGCCCACCCCCACACCAGUGCCCACCACGCCCGUGGCCACCACCCCGCCUCCCCCAAACCCACCCACGCCACCUCCACCCGUCUCCAGCAGCCCACCACUGCCGCCCUCGCCCAACCAGAACAAUAACGCCGUGGAGAGCGGCCUGCACUUUUUCCUGGACGCCAACAGCGGCAAGCCGAUGGCGUCCCCCUCGGCCCCCGCCAGCCCUCUGCACAGCCUGGAGACCUCCCUCUGAUCCAGCGCCCUUCAGGCCCAAGCCCUCCCCACGCCGCCUCCCAACCUCUCUCCAUCCACAUUGCCACACAGGCAGGACUAUAUAACAUGAGGCGGCUAGGAAGGCAUGGCUGGCUCGGUUGGCUGGAGGAGCAGAGGAGGAGGGGCUGGAGUUUCUUUAAAGGAAGGAGAGGCAGAGAGAAGGGAGGCCGAAAUGCGGAGGGAGGUGCAUCAAGCAGAGCGUCCCCUUUUUUUGUUGUUGUUAUUUUGGAAAGCUCUGCCCCAUGCUGGACUCGGACAUAAAGAAAAACCUACCGUAAGCUGGCAUUCGGCAGAAUGUUUGGAAGGCCUCUUGUUUGGAUCGCACUUUUAGCGUUGAUUAUUUUUUUGGCCCUCCUCAUCGCCUCUACAAAAACUAAAGGGCAUGGAACUCUUCGACUAGCCCUCUCUUCCCAUCUGCCUCCGCUCCUCUCCUCUCUCCUUAAUAAAUCUGUUUUAUCUGCAUUGUU